UCAUUCUUUUUCUUCUCUUCUUCUUCUCCUUCUAUUUCAAGUCCAAAAAAAAAACAAAAUACAAUGGAAGGACUUAUUCCAUUAGUAUACAAAACCAUUAAGAGAAGCAAAACUCGUCGAAAAUAUGAAUGUCUCUCUUUUGGUGCUGCUAAUACUUACAAUAUUGAAAAUUUCUAUCAAAAAAAUAGUGGUAAAGAGUAUGAAAUGUCGUCAAUUGAUGAUCAGAAGAUGGUUGACAAUGGUGGUGGUGAUCAAACGGAGAAAUACCGUCAUCAUAGGCGAACACAGUCCCUCCACGUGGAAUAUACCGGCGGAGUUUCACCGGAGGAUAGUACUCCGGUGAAGGAUAAACAACUUGUGAAAUUCAGAAGCCAUCGUAGAAUGUUUUCAUGUGUAACUGGUGGAUGAAGAUUUAAAGGAGUACUACGUUGUUUUCAAAUUGUUUUUAUAUAUAUAUACACAUUUGAUAUUCAAAAAUUACUGACUCGAUUAAUUCGAAUUUUUGUGUCCCAUGUAAGACUCACUAGAAAGGACAUGUAAUUCUGUCGAAUCCAUGACCUCCUGAUAAUUAGGGGGUGGAGGGGAUUCUUCCAUCACACCAAAGGCGGAGCUAUUAAUUCGGUAGAAUCAGUAAUUUUAGUUAAAACUUUGUGUUUGUGAUUAAAUAUCCACGUAAAUGUGUAUAAAUAAUCAAGAACUCUAAUAUGUUAUAUUUUUAAGAAUUUAAAA